GCACUAUUCUUGGAGGACCGCUUGUCCACUAUAAGACUUUUCUUUGCACACAUACAUUGUUCGACUCUACUUGGUCUGUGGACAGAAAUUUUUGUUAUAGUCGUUUGCAAAAGAUCGAAAAUAAAUGCGUAAUACACUAAUAUAUCAGUAUAUCAUUUGAGCCAUAUGCCUCAAAUGCAUUCUCCAUUCAUCAUGAUGUAUUUCUUCUUCAUUGUGAUGUUGUUGACCUUUAAUCGUUCGGAAUGUGAGGGAAUUCUGUUUGCAGACACAAUUAAUGUGAGUACUCCCUUAACUGACAACAGUUACGACACUCUUGUUUCAGGUGGAAACAGAUUUGAGCUUGGUUUCUUUACUCCUCAAGGUAGUGAGAAAACAUAUGUAGGCAUAUGGUAUUACAACAAAUUGAAUAUUCCAAGGACCGUUGUCUGGGUUGCGAAUAGAGACGAGCCGUGGGUCCAUCCGUGUGUUGGAGUGUUUGGUAUUGCAGAUGAUGGGAAUAUCAAGAUCUGGUGUGAUGGCGAUACUGGAGUUGGUGUUCCUGUGUCAACUCUUGACACGUCUAGAAGCUCGAACAGAAGUUUGCAGUUGUUGGAUUCUGGGAACUUGGUACUGGUCGACGGUCAACACGAUAAGAGAUUGUGGCAAAGCUUCGAUUAUCCGACCGAUACGUUUCUCCCAGGUAUGGAAAUGAACGAUCACACGAAAUUGACUUGUUGGAACUCCUCUACUGACCCUGGUGUAGGAUAUUAUACGUUCGGUCGAGAUCAAGGUGUUUACACCAUACUGAAGAGAACAACUGUUCACUGGAAAAGUGGUGAGCCUGGUCCUUUUCCGCUGCUUAAUAAUGAUUUGCCUUCUAUUGUAGCCCAAAUAUUUUUGAAUCCCGACACGGGGUUGAAUCAGCAAAACUCUCAAUCAGUUAGGAAUUUUAUAACUUAUCAUAAUAAUACAAGGCCUUCUUCAUUUUACCACAACUCGAGGAUUUUGAUGAAUUCUUCGGGAGAGAUCCAGUAUUAUAAUUACAGUACGGAUGGAGGUGGAAAGUGGUUAUUAUUUUGGUCAGCGCCCCAAACAUGGUGCAGUGUGUACGACUCGUGUGGGAAGUUUGGUAUUUGUAAUAACUUGGAAGAUAAGCCAAUGUGUCAAUGCCCGCCUGGAUUCACGCCUACUUCUUCGGAACAUUGGAGUAACGGAGAGUACUCAGAAGGUUGUGACAGGAUGGAGUCGAUAAAAUGUAACCAGAACCAGACGGACAAGUUUAUAAAAUUAACGUUGGCUAGACCAGGUGGUCAAGUCCUGCCAUUUGAUCAGGCUCAGAAACGGGCAGACUGCCAAAAGGAAUGUUUAGAUAAUUGCAAAUGUGAGGCGUACUGGUAUACAGCUCGUAAUAUCACCGACAGAGAUACUGGUAAACCUGCUGCAAAGUGUUGGAUUUGGACUGCUCAACUUGAAAAUCUUCAUGGGGACUACACCGACAACAACAAACUAUACCUUUCUUUGCGUGUACCUUCGUCGGCUGUAGAUUGCAAUGACAGAGGCAACAACGACUCGAGUGCAAUUUGUGCUCAAGAACCUGUAAACACUCUUUCACAUCGAUUUACGAAGAAGUCGAGAAGAAUAUAUGUGAUUGUCGUCACCAUUUUAGGAGGAGUUGUACUAGCUCUUUGCUGUAUCUAUAUCUUAUAUAGAAGAAAGAUGAAGGCUAAAGGAAGAGAAAAUCGAGGAAGGACUGACAGACUAAUGCUUUUCUCAAAUGAAAGUGAGAGACAAGUAAAUGACUUGAUGAUGCAUGAAAACAACCAAGGCAGCAUUGAUGUUCCUUUCUACAAUUUGGACGUCAUUUUAUCUGCUACAGACAAUUUCUCCGAUGCAAAUAUGCUCGGCCGUGGUGGAUUUGGGCCCGUAUAUAAGGGGAAGUUUCCAGGAGGAAGUGAAAUUGCAGUGAAGAGGUUGUCGAGUUUCUCCGGUCAAGGAAUCGAGGAAUUCCGAAAUGAAGUCAUCUUGAUUGCUAAGCUUCAACAUCGAAACCUUGUUAGACUUUUGGGAUACUGUAUCACAGAAAAAGAAAAAAUCUUGCUGUACGAAUACAUGCCUAACCGAAGCUUAGAUGCCUUCAUAUUUGAUCAAAAUAACUGUUUGCUACUUGACUGGAAUCAACGUUUUAACAUAAUUUUGGGGAUAGCAAGAGGGCUACUUUACCUUCACCAAGAUUCGAGGUUGAGGAUCAUUCAUCGAGAUAUGAAAACGAGCAACAUUCUACUAGAUGAAGAUAUGAAUCCCAAGAUAUCGGAUUUUGGUUUGGCAAAGAUUGUCGAAGGCAAAGAAACAGAGGCAAGUACCAACAGAGUCGUCGGCACCUAUGGGUAUAUGUCUCCAGAGUACGCAUUGGACGGGAAAUUCUCAAUAAAGUCGGAUGUGUUCAGUUUCGGAGUUGUGAUGCUUGAGAUAAUCAGUGGGAAGAAGAACACCGGUUUCUAUAACCCUCAACAAGUCUUGAAUCUCCUUGGAUAUGCGUGGGGAUUAUGGAUUGAAAACAAGGCAAUCGAGUUGGUUGAUCCGGUGGUGGUAGAAUCAUGCGAGGAAUGUGAAGUGAUAAAAUGCAUAAAUGUUGGGCUGCUGUGCGUGCAAGAAGACCCGAACGAUCGGCCCUCCAUGUCAACCGUAGUUGUAAUGAUUGGCAGUGAAAACACGAAUUCUAUUCCGUUCCCAACAAAACCGGCCUUUGUAGUCAGGAGACAUCAUUCAAGCACAUCUUCCUCCACCUCCACAAAACCUGAUACCAUCUCUAGCAAUCUGCUGACUGUUUCUACGGUAGAGGGGCGAUAAAAGGGUGGUUCUAUAUAUAUGUAUGUAUAUAUGAUCACUUAAAUUUAUGUUUUCUUAUUUUCAUUCCGGUUACCCUAGGCACAUCCAUUGAGCAUAUUCCUGGCACAAGAAUAUGCAUCUAGUGUACCCAGCUCUUUUUGUGUGUGUGUGUGUGUGUGUGUGAAUUUGUCGAAGAAAUUGAAAAUAGAAAGGUUUUAUACCUUGUCAAUAACUACAUUCAUUUUAGAUAAUUAUUUACCUAAUUAA